AUGACGACUCCGUUCCCUCUCCUACACCUUCCAAGACUUGCAUUGAUACUUGUUUUUCAACACAUGGGGCACCGUUAUUCAAUGCACGAAAUACUCGCAUUCUGUCACGUCUCCAAACGAGCCAGAAGUGUUGCAAAGUGUCUCAAAUUUAUUCCUCCUAAAUAUUUCGUACUGAAUCAACAUGCUUCGUCUAUGGAGAUCAUUCUUUAUUUUAUGAGACAUCCAACAGUUAGAUUAUGCUAUCGGAAGGAAAAGGAUUCAGUGACACUUCAGAGCGAAGCAACUGCAACUGCUUGGACCAACAUUGGAUUUACAGUGGUUGAAUGGACUAAACGGAUGUUCGAUGUGUCUAACUGUGAAAAAUUCGAGACUGUGAUGCUCCAUAAACCACCGGAGUUUGAUGAUUUCUUCUCGAUAUUUUCUGAACAUUGUCGAAGAAUUGGUAAGCUGAUUCUCUACCCAGUCAGUACCGAUAGUUUUACAAAGCAAGUUGUGGAAACUCUUCUGCCAAUCACUUCAAACAUUUCGUUCUACAUUUCAAAAGACUCAUUCAAAGAUCCCAAAGAGCUCCGGAAAAUCUUGAGUCAAGAAAUUGAUUCUAUGGAGAUCCAUGUUCGUGGUUCUCCUUUUUCCUUAAAUCUGAGUGACCUUAUCACCUCAAAUGCCGUAAAAUUCUUCUUGAGAGGUCUGACGUUAACUCAAAAAGAACUAAACGAAUUUUUCAAAAUGUGGAAGAGAAACGAGUGUAAUCCACGACUGGAAUAUCUGACAGUUCUGCUAUACGAAGACGUCUUUGAAGACGCUAUACUCAGUGGACUGGAUGCGGUUAAAGUCCUUAAUGGGAGUUCAUCCAGAUCCAGUAAUAUUGGUUAUUCCGACAAAAUCGCGGGAUUUGAUAUCAAAAGAAUCGAUGGAAAGAUUGGAACAAUCAAGUUUGGACUCAAUUUUGUUAACUUUUAUUUUUCGAAAGUUUGCAAACAACGCUCUUCACUCGCGUUGCGGUCGAGCGAUGCGGUCUCCUCCGAUUCCACCAGACAUCGAUCCCACAGUCAACUGUGCAGAUCGCAGUUCACUCGCGUCGCGGUCGUGCGGUGCGGUCUCGCCCCAACACCACCAGACAUUGAUUCCUCAUCUCAUUCAUGCCCUCUCCCUCCUACCAAGAUGACGACUCCGUUCCCUCUCUUACGUCUUCCAAAACAUGCACUGAUUCCUGUUUUCCAACAAAUGAAACUUAUUGAUGUAAUCGCUUUAUCUCUCCUCUCUAACCGAGCGAGAAUUUUAUCAAAAACUUCUUGUGGUCUAUCAGUAACUUCUAUCAAUAUAGCGGCUAUCAAUCACUCUCUCGAUCUUGACAUAGUCCUGAGUGAUGACAAAAAACUACAAAUACUUUUAUGUCUCAUACCUGAGAAUUAUAAGGAAUUUGUGGUAGUUUCUGUUGACAACAAGACAGUUAUAUGGCGCACUUUGGGGCUUUCGACGACUGAAUGCGUUCAUCGGAUUCUGGAUGUAACCAAUUGUGAAUCAAUUCAAGAAUUGAAAUUCUACGAAACAGAUUCAUUUGAUGAACUUCCUAUUCUAGCGACACUACCACAUAUCGAACAAAUCUAUAUCUCGCGUGACUGUAACGAAGUUUUUGUUCACAAAAUGUUGGAAAUGCUCUCGAAAGUGACCUCGAAUAUUGAUAUGUGUCAAGACUGGUUCAGAAACCUUGAACAAUUUCAAAAAGUUCUCAUGCUAAACAUGAAUAGCAUCACAAUCUAUGCUAUGAAUCUUAGGGACCCAACCCGUGUUCGACUAUCUUUAGAUGACCUUCUCAUUUCCAAUGCUGUACAUCUACAUCUUUAUGAUGUCAUGAUCAGUGUGAAAACUCUCAACCGUUUUUUCAAGUUGUGGAUGAGAAAAAAGUCUAAUCCCCGGUUGGAACAUCUAAAAUUCCUGACUUUAGAAGAGGUGAGUCCAGAUGUCCUCCUGAAGGGACUCAAUGCUCUCGAGAUGCCUCAAACUACAACGAGAACAUUCCGAGUCUCGGACCAUACUAAUUCUCGGUGCCGAGAAAAAGUUGUGACUGGAGGGUUGGAUGUAAUGAGAUCGGAUGGGACACGAGCAACUGUGGCAAUUGAAGCGAAGGCUGGAACAACAAUUUUAGACUUUUAUGAUGUCGACUCCGUUCCCUCUCUUACGUCUUCCAAUGCUUGCCCUUAUUCAGUUUUCAAGCACAUGCAACCAGUUGAAGUAAUUGCAUUCUCGCUACUUUCCAAAAGAGCAAAUAACCUCUCGAAAAUACUUCGCAAAUUAUCUCCCCGUAACAUAGAUCUGAAAGGAAAAAGCGAUCACCUUGACAUUAGUUUUUGUUUUGCAACGUGGUACAACGUGGAAUUGAGCCUAUAUUUCUACAAAGAGAACGCACCGGAUUUGGCCGAUGCGAGGUUUCGAAACAGAGCUUUCACUCACGGAAACAUGGGAUUGUCAGCAUCACAAUGGUUGGAGCGGGUUCUAGAUGUGAUGAAUAACGAAUCGCUGAUGAAAAUUAGUGUCGAAGGAACUCCACAGUUUGAUGUAUGCGAUGCUUUUGCUACUUUGACUAAGCUUCCAAGUUUACGUAUCAUGGACAACUGUGAUGACAGUUUUGCAAAAAAAGCUCUGGAAAUCCUCUCGCCAGUUACUGCGAAAGUUGAAUUGUUCAAAAUUCCAUAUAAGAACAGAGAAGAGUUUCAGAAAUUUCUGAAGACUAAUUUGAACUAUUUGUUUAUUAACACUCACCAGUUCUCGAGAUUCACUCUUGAUGACCUUCUAGUCACAAACGCACUUAAGGUGGAAUUGCGAGGAGUCAGGAUGACUGCCAGAGAUCUGAACCGAUUUUUCACAAGUUGGUUUCAAAGCAAAUGCGAUUCUCGACUAGAACAUCUGACAUUGCGCAUUGAAGUUUUCAAUGAUUGGUCUCUUCCUGAAAUACUGAAUGCUGUUCCAUUUCCAAGAGACCAAAAGAGAAGGUUCUUUUAUUCAAAACCUCUAGACACUCCUUCAAAAACGUUUCGUGGAGGACAUGAUAUCGAAAGAGCAGAUGGAAGGAAAGCCAUAAUCACCUUUGAAAUCAAGUUCAACAUGAUGUACACCAAUAUCUAUAUUUUGCCGUAA